AUGAAAACGGACGUGUGUUUGUUUAAUAAGAUUAAAAAUUUCAAUAAGAAAUUAAAACAUUUCGAUUAAACUGGAAAAAAGUGCAAAGCAUAAUAAGAAAAUAUAUAAACAAAUCCAGAGGCGGCCUGUUAAGCAAAAUCGUUUAAUUUGUUGUUAAUGUAAAUAUUUUACAGCUGUGUGUGAGUGCUGCAGCGAGCGGGUGUUUUUUCGUCGUGCAAUCCCAGUCGCCAACGUCGUAGUCGUCGCUGCUCUUGUCUUGUUGGUCGUUUAUGUUGUGUGUAGUUUUUUAUUGUUGCCGGAGUUCAUGUGAAUGUGACAUUUAAUAAAUAAAACAAGAAAAAUUAAAAUAAAAAAAAAAUAGAAUUCAGUUUAAUGUAUAUUAUAUUGUUGGUGUAAUUACAUAUUUUUUGUACGUUAUCAUUGUUGUUAUUGUUACCAACUUUGGUGGUGGUGUGAAGCGUUUUUGUUUGUUUAUAAAGAGCUAGAAAAUCUUACAGCUGUCACCAAGAUAUACUAUUUUUCUACUAAAUAAUAAUUAUUGUUUGAGAUGCAGCCGCUGCAUAAAAUAUAAAGCAGUUAGUGGUUGUUACACGCACCUUAAGUGAAAAAUUAACUAAAUGUUAUACAAAAUCAAUUUUGAUUAGAAUAGAACAAAAUUACAAAAUAAUGAAAAUAAAAUAUAAACAUUACAAAAUCUUGGCCCUAUGUAUUUUCCGGUAACUUUGUUUCCAUAAAAUAAAUAAAGAAAAAUAAUACUUGGAAGCUUUAAAAAUCACAAAGCAAAACGAAGAAGGAAAGAACGAAAAAAUGUGCCAACAACUUUACCUGCCUCAAAUACAACAGCAAGAACAAAAUACGACACCACCACCAUCAACUACUCUAGGCCAGUUAAAACAGGUUAGUCGUUGCCGCAGUCAUCAAGAACACCAUUAUUACAACAAUCAUCACCGUCACCAUGCACAGACGUUGUUACACAAAUCUCAAGAGUUCAUUUCGUCAAAUGACCAACAUCACAAACACCACCUACGCACACUUCUAUUGAGGAAUAUCGGAAACAUGAUAGCAGUACCUGUCCGCUGGCCGUCUCAUUUGUCAUUUAUGUUGUCCAGUGUUUUGCUACUGUUAUUGAUAAAUUCCAUUCAUGUUGUCCAGUCACACAAUUGUCAACAUCUUCAUCCCAAGGCUCAUGAGGUUAUUCAUGGUGUACGAAUUGAAACAGUUGAGACGACAACGAAUACAUUGGAUCAUGCGCCGGAGCAACAGCAAAACUCGUUAAAAAAUGAAGUGGAUGCUCAGACGCAUCAGCAUCAUUCAAGACGGAAAAAACGCAGCACGGUUGAAAGACCACUGCGAAUUUCUUUAGUCUACGAUGAAUCUGUUCUUGGUCUGGACACUGACAAAUUCAUUUUAAUAAAUGAUACAGUACUACCAGAGGCAAUACAAUUUUGGGAGCAGGCAUUAAUGGUGCGGCAAACCAAAGGUCCCAUACGGCUUAACAGGAAAUGCAACAGCACUAAAGUUUUUGUUAAAAAUGGUCUGACACAUUGUAUUGAUAAUUGCAAAUCGAUAACAAUGUGUGGUGAGGUGGAAGUGCCCGAAGGACACUUGGAUGUGUGCCGUAUUUGUAAUGCCACUGGACAGAACUGUCGUGUUGAAGAAUCCACACAAGCUGGCGAUGGUAUUGAGGAGGCUGAUUUUGUAUUUUAUGUCUCAGCUCGACAAACAGAACGUUGUCACAAGGGUUUGACGGUGGCCUAUGCCGCCCAUUGCCAACAAGAGGCUACUUUGGAUCGUCCCAUAGCGGGUCAUGCGAAUUUAUGUCCUAAUAGUAUAAGCACUAAACCUCAGGAAUUACACACUCUUAUAUCAACAGUUAAGCAUGAGAUAUUACAUGCCUUGGGCUUCUCGGUAAGUCUAUUUGCCUUCUUUCGUGACGAUGAGGGUAAGCCAAGAACGCCGAGAAUACCGGACACCGGUAAACCACAUUUAAAUGAAAUCCUACAAAUUCAUCAAUGGAGUAAUGACACCAUACGCAAAGUGGUUAGAGAUAAUUGGUCGGUACGCAAUGGUCAUGUGCGUAAAGAAAUCGAUAUGAUGGUGACACCCAGAGUAGUGCAGGAAGUACGCAAACAUUUCAAUUGUGAUCUAUUAGAGGGCGCUGAGCUAGAGGAUCAGGGAGGUGAGGGUACCGCUUUGACUCACUGGGAGAAACGUAUUUUAGAGAAUGAGGCAAUGACAGGCACUCAUACUCAAUCUCCUGUGUUUUCUCGCAUUACCUUAGCUUUAAUGGAAGACUCGGGCUGGUAUCGAGCCAACUAUAGCAUGGCAAGCCCCUUGUCAUGGGGUCGUGGUUUGGGCUGCAAUUUCGUUAUGCGCAGCUGCAAAGAUUGGAUUCAGUUAAAUAAUGCCAAGGGCCGUUCCAUACAUCCAUUUUGUUCCAAGGUGAAACAGGAUCCUCUUCAAACUGAAUGCACCGAUGAUCGUAAUUCUGUGGCAUUGUGCAAUUUAAUUAGACAUAAUUUUAGGUUACCAGAACAGUAUCAGAAUUUCGAUAGUAUAAACAACAUUAAAGACGGUGAUGAAGUUUUCUAUGGAGGAUCAGUUUCAUUGGCAGAUCAUUGUCCCUAUAUACAAGAAUUUACUUGGCGCAAUAAUAACAUUACCAUUCGGGGAUCACACUGUCAUUUUGUAGAAAAUAAUCCCAAACCAACUAAAAACUAUGCUUUGGAAAAUUAUGGCCAAGGAUCGAAGUGUUUCGAUCAUGGUGGUGCCAUGUGGGAGGAACGCACUUGCCAUCAUACACGCGAAUGGCAACACUGGGGUUCUGGCUGUUAUAAAUACAACUGCAGUGAUGGCAGACUGCAUAUACAAGUAGCAAAUUAUACCUAUACUUGCUAUUUUCCGGGACAAAGACUGUCCAUAAGUAUUUCGGCCAAUGGCUGGCUGCAUCGUGGCGCCCUCAUAUGUCCCUCCUGUGACGAAUUGUGUGGUGAAUACUUUGGUGCCAGAGACGAACAAUGCCGUUUGAGAGAGGAGGCACCACCAUUAAAUAAAUAUCCACAAGAUCAUUUACGCUGUGGAGCUUGGAGUUUGCAGGCGACACUCCCUCAAUAUUUGCCAUUAACUCUUGCUGUGUUAAGUCUGCUCAUGCAUAAUGGAAUUGUAAAUGCAAUACGACAACGAUAGGUGUAGAUACAAUAAACAAAAAAGUAUGGUAUAGAAAAUAGUUUAUAAACAUAGUUAUAGAAAUGUGUAUAUAGAUUUUAGCCUAGUUAAAUAGUUAAAUAUUACUCGUAUACUAUUAUAUUUUUGACUACUUUUAUUUUCGAGAAGAAAAAAAAACAAACCAUCAUUUUAAACUGUGCUGUGGUUCUCAACCUAUUUUACAUGUAACUAACAAGCUGCAUGUGUUGAACAUUUUUGAGAUUUAUUUAACAAAAACGAAAAACCUAAAAAAGCAUACGCUUACCACAUUCUUGAACAAUGACAAAAGUAUUCAUAUUGUAUUGUAGGCGCAUUUAAAUAAGCUCAAUAAUUGUAAUUUAUUUUAGUAAAAACAUUAUAUUUGUUCAUUAUGUAUACUCUUGUCUAUGCUGUAAAUUAAAUUAUACAAAUUUUAGUUGUUUAAGUACCUACUAUAUAUUCGCAAAGGAAACAAAAUAAUACUGGAAUCUGCCAAUUCAAUUCCUCAAUAUUUUAUUAACUCAUUAAGCAUUAAAACUUGAUUUUAAGGUUUCACUUUUUUGCUGCUCUCAUUUACAUUCCUUGUGUUUUUAUUUGCAUAAAUAAUAUAAAACAUUUCAACCAAUAAUUUCGUCCUCUAUUAAGUGAUUAAUCAAACAAACAAUAUUCAAGUUUAUAUGCAAUUUUAUUUUAUAAAUCAAACAAUAUUUAUGUGUAUUUUUAUGAUGUAUUUAAUAGAAAAUGUGUAUGUAUCUUUAUAUACAAUUAAUUAUAUUAUAAAAAUAAUGAAAUGAAAAACAAUUACCGUUAAAAAAAAAAAUAAAAAGAAGAAAUAAACAAAAAAA